AUGAGUGGAAAAGGCGACGCCGCAGCGAAGAAGGCUAAGUCGUCCAAGCGCAACUCGCUCAAGGGCGGAAACCGCAAGUUCGUCACCAGUGCCGAGGAGCUCGAAGCGCGCAAUGUCGUGGAGGAGGUCCGUCAGGAGAAGCGUCGCGUGCGACGGGACGACGGAGAGUCCGACGACGAGGACGACGAUGAGGAGGACGCGGACGGCGUGGUGUUUGACCGCAUCGUCGAAGAAAAGGAGGACGAGAUAGAGGAGAAGAAAGUGCCCAAGCCCAAGGGCGUGGCGGGCAUCAUCCAGGUCCAAAACCCCAACUUUGCCCUCUGA